UCUCUCUCAUCCCAAUUUCUCAUAAUCCAAAGCUCCGAUUUUACUGGAAUCUCCGUCUUUUUUCUCGCUGAAUUCAAUUUCUCGAAGGCAAGAUAAAUCCAAUUUUUUUAAAAAAUUCGAAGCGUCAAUUGCAAUUCCUGGAGAUUUUAGCUCGAUUCGGAGCUCGAAAUUUCCAUUUUUUAGCGAUUUUGAUCGGCGACUACAGUAUGUGAAGUCAACUUGUAGUAUUUUGUACCAAAAUUACUGCAAAAAGCUUGAGAAGUUUCAUCAAUGGCGGACUCGGACAACGACUCGGGAGGAGCGCACACGAAGAGCGAGCUCUCGCCACGGGAACAGGACCGAUUGUUGCCUAUAGCGAACGUGAGCCGGAUCAUGAAGAAGGCGCUGCCGGCGAACGCGAAGAUCUCGAAAGACGCGAAGGAGACGGUGCAGGAGUGCGUGUCGGAGUUCAUAAGCUUCAUCACGGGCGAGGCCUCUGACAAGUGUCAGAGGGAGAAGAGGAAGACGAUCAACGGCGACGAUUUGUUGUGGGCGAUGACGACGUUAGGGUUCGAGGAGUACGUGGAGCCUCUGAAGGUUUAUUUGCAGAGGUUUAGGGAGAUGGAAGGGGAGAAGAGCAGCGUGUCGGCGCGUGACAAGGACGGGAGCGGUGGGGUUGGGUACGAGGGCGGAGGUGGGAGCAGUGGCGGAGCUGGGGUAUACUGGCAGCAGCAACAGCAGCAGCAGCAGCAUCAGGGACACGUGUACGGCGGGAGUGGGUUUCAUCAGAUGGGUGUGAGUGGAGUUGGGAUGGGGAAGAGUGGGCCCGGAUCUAACAUGGGUAGGCCCCGAUGAUUAUAUUAGGCUAGACUCUCUGGUCUUGGUGGCUGGCCAUUUGCUUUAGGGUUGUUUUUGUAAUUUGAUUGCUAAUUAUUUUGCUUAAAAGUGUUUUUCUUAAUUGAGGACAGUCACAGUGUCUGUGUAUGUAAACUCCUACUUGUUAUUUAUAUUACUUUUACUUGUCACUAAAA